ACCCGGAGUCCGUCGUCAGAGUCAGUGUGCGCACGGCAGUAGUGGGUGGUGGACACUCGUGAGCGUGCUUGUGUCCCGCUGCCGGUGUGCGUCGGUCUCCCUGGAAAGUGGCUUUCUUGUGUCGUGCUUUUGUAACGUCGCGCCGGCCGGUCCUCUCUCAUCCAAGGCCUUUUUAAGACAGACAGCCCUUAAAAGGCGCCCUUUGGACGUGUCGAAGGGUCUAGAGAGUAAAAUGGGAACUUCUUUCAUUUCUUGGAGCACCUUCCGGGGUCUCUCCCUCGUCGUCUUCGUCUCUUUUCUAAUAGCAGUGGAAUGCCGCGGCGACCAUUCCCAGCGACAUCACCACCGCCAUCGGCACCGCCACGGUGCCCAAAGAAUUCCCAUCUCGCAGAGCUUCUAUGACAGUUUCAGCGGCCACAGCUUGGUUCCUACCGACCGAACCAAGAGACAGUGGGACCCUUACGAAGAGAAUGAAGUGGAAAGAGGUCCUUGGGGCCCUUGGAGCGCCAUCUCUCCUUGCUCGAGGUCCUGCGGUGGAGGAGUCGCUUAUAGAUCGAGGGACUGUCGGGGGACCAGCCCGGAUGCCUGCAGUGGGAAAUCCAAGAAAUAUGAGUCUUGCAAUGUGAACCCGUGUCAAUCAGGCUCCAAGGAUUACAGAGAAGAACAAUGUGCGCGAUUCAACAAUGUCCCAUUCGAAGGAAAAUAUUACAAUUGGGUGCCUUAUCUGGACGAUCCUGCGAAAUGUGAACUCAACUGCCAGCCAGAAGAGCAGAGCUGGGUGCCCUACCUGAAGGCGCCGAAGAAAUGCGAGUUGAACUGCCAGCCUCAGGGAGAACGAUUUUACUACCGCCACGCUCCCAAGGUGGUCGACGGAACGCCCUGUGAUAGUGAAGGCCUCGACAUCUGCGUCGACGGUCGAUGCAUGCCAGUGGGAUGUGACAAGAUUCUGGGAUCAUCCGCCAAGGAAGACAAGUGCAGGGUGUGUGGAGGCGACAGUUCCACUUGCAACACGAUUACCGGCGAAUUCACGAAGGAGACUCUGACUCAGGGAUACAAUGACAUUGUUCUCAUUCCGGCAGGAGCUACCAACAUUUAUGUGGAAGAACUUAGAGCGUCCAACAAUUAUCUGGCUGUGAGAAACAUGACAGGAUACUUCUAUCUGAAUGGAAACUGGAGGAUAGACUUCCCCCGAGCCAUGCAGUUUGCUGGUACAACUGUCCAUUACGAGAGAAAAGCGAACGGAGGAGGGAUUUUCGCUCCCGAAAUCUUGCGGGCGAAGGGACCUACCACGGAAAACCUGAUUAUUGUGAUGCUGUACCAAGAACGAAACCCUGGCAUUACAUAUGAAUACAGCGUUCCAAAGGAAAUUACACAGGCAGAAGCAGAGACCUAUGACUGGUUCUAUGGGACGUACGGAGAGUGUUCCGUAUCGUGUGGAGGAGGUCACAUGACGCGAAACGUGAGCUGUGCGAGGACAAGCGACUUCGUACCGGUGGCUGAAUACCUUUGCGAUCCUAGACUGAAACCUGAAGGAAACACUACUUGCAAUGAACAUCCUUGCCAAGCCAGCUGGCAGAUGGGAGACUGGACCCCGUGCACGACAUCUUGCGGCACAGCUGGCUGGCAGUACCGCCACGUGUACUGUGGUCAGACCUUUGCAGAAGGACGCCUCUCUAUUGUUAAUUCCUUCAUUUGUGAACAACACGCCCCACACCCUCAGUCUGUAAGGCAGUGCAAUACGCAGGAAGAAUGUGCUUCAUGGCAUGUAGGAUCUUGGACGCCUUGCAAUAAACUUUGCGGCGUAGGACGUCAACAUCGAAAAGUUCAAUGCCAUAUCAAGAGGGAUGACAAAAUAAACGAGCUGGAAGACCAUCACUGCCAAGAGGAGAAACCAGAGACUGAAAGAACCUGUGAAAAUAUUCCUUGUGGUGGAGUGGACUGGGUUGCCUCAGACUGGACAGGGUGUGACAAUGGAUGUGGUUUAGAACAGGAAUCAAGAUCAGUAUUAUGUGUAAGCAACAAAGGCAAAGUUGUGGAUGAAGAUUUUUGUUCCACCUACCGAAUGCCAGAAAUCAAUCGCGCUUGCAACCUCAGCACCAUAUGCGAAUACCGAUGGUAUGCCUCAGAAUGGAGUGAGUGUUCCGCAGAAUGUGGGGAAGGAGUGAAGACCCGCCAUGUUAUGUGUGGCAAGAGAGACGGGGACGGUGUGACGUUAGUCCCGGAUGUCAACUGUGACAAGGACACUCGGUUCAACAGCACCGAAAAAUGUAAUGGCACUGGAAAGUGCGAAGGAAAUUGGUUCGCUGGACCUUGGAGCCGCUGCACGAAAGAGUGUGGUGGAGGAACAAAACAUCGCAAGAUUUUCUGUUAUGUUGGCAACAAGCAGGCAACCGCAAGACAGUGUGAUGGAAACAUCAUUCCUUACUCUAUCGAGACCUGUAACAAUACACCAUGUGGAGAAGAUGAUCUUCUAGAGCGUGAAAGCAAAGACGAUGGUGACUCCGACGACGUAUGUUCGAGUGGAGAUGAUGUGAAAGAGGGUGAUGAGUUGCAGCCUACUUCAGGAGAAGCUCCCAUAGCAGCCGAAUUUCUUUCAACAGAAACCUCUGCCCCAUCAAGUUCCUCUUCAGGACCUCAAGAAACAGAUUCAUCAGGAGCUGAUAUAAACAGAACUAAUGUAGAAUUUCGUAGAAAACGUUCUAUCAGAGAGGUCACACAGAGCGAUGAAGCGGCUGAGGAAGAAGGCUCAGGUUACGGAGAUGCAAGCUCUGGUUCAGGCCUUGAAGGCUGGACCGCCAGCGGAUUGGGAUCUGGUGACGUGUCCAGUGGUGAUGUGGAUGGCACCAGACUUGAAGAUGUCAUCAAGAAGAAGUCCAAGAAGAAGAAAUGCAAGCGCAAGGAAAAGAAAGAUUGCAAGGACACAGAAUUCGGUUGCUGCCAGGACAACAUUACUCCUGCCACUGGUCCAUUCCAGAAAGGAUGCCCGAAGAUAACAACCUGUGAGGACACAAUUCACGGAUGUUGUCCUGACGGCGUGACCCCUGCAAGUGGUCCCAAAAUGAAGGGCUGUAGUGAUGAGUCAAUUUGUGAUAACUCCCUGUAUGGAUGUUGUGAAGAUGGAAUCACUGAGGCUGGACCAAAUGGAGAGGGCUGUGAAUUCAUUCCUGUUAAUUGUGAAAAAUCUCCAUUUGGGUGUUGCCCAGAUGGUGUAUCUCAAGCAUCAGGAGAAAACUUUGCCGGAUGUCCCGAAUUUGAAUGUGAAGGUUCUGGCCCAUGCGAGACUUGCAGUGAUACGAGAUAUGGCUGCUGCCCCGACGGUGUGGCUGCAGCUGUUGGGCCUAAUUACGAAGGCUGCAAAAUUGUAACAGAGCCUGAGGACAAACCAUACACAACAACCACUACAGAGCAAGGAGUCACGACCCCUUCAACAGUAAUACCCCCAGACUGUACUUACACACCGUAUGGAUGCUGUCCAGAUCAAUACACAGCCGCCCAUGGAGAAAAUAAUGAGGGUUGCUGCCUUUCGUCAGCAUUUGGCUGUUGUCCAGAUCAUAUAACAGAAGCAAAGGGACCAAAUUUCCAGGGUUGUGGCUGUGCAUUCAGUGCUUUUGGUUGCUGUCCAGACAAUGACACAGUGGCCAGAGGAGCCAAUUUCGCUGGAUGUGGAUGCGAGUAUACCCCAUAUGGUUGCUGUCCUGACAAUCACACUCCUGCUGCCGGGGAAAACUUUACUGGAUGUGAAUGCAGCACCUAUCCCCAUGGAUGCUGUCCUGAUGGUAUCACCAUUGCACAAGGACCUGGUGGCAAAGGAUGCGGUUGCGAUUACACUGACUUUGGCUGCUGCUAUGACGGUCGAACACCAGCCAAGGGGCCAAACAGGGAAGGAUGUGGCUGCGAAUCAUCCGAAUUUGGAUGUUGCCCUGACGGGAAGACUUCUGCCACCGGGAAAUUCUUUGAUGGCUGUCAAGACGAAGUUCCUGUCAUUCCCGGAGAAGUUUGUGGUUAUGAAAAGGAUCGUGGGUCGUGCGGCAAUUUCACAGUCAAAUGGUUCUUUGAUAUGGAGUAUGGAGGCUGCACGCGAUUUUGGUAUGGAGGUUGUGAGGGCAAUCUCAAUAGAUUUGAAACGCAGGAGGACUGCAAUGCUGCCUGUGUAGAACCAGAGGGCAUGGAAUCAUGUCAUCUACCACGUGUGGAAGGGCCUUGCUCCAGCUCAGUCCCAGCCUGGUAUCACGAUUCAGAAAGUGGAACCUGCAAACCAUUCAUUUACGGAGGAUGUCUCGGCAACAAUAAUCGUUACACCUCGAAAGAGAAAUGUGAGGAGACUUGUGUCAUACCACAGAAGACAGACGUCUGCCUUCUGGAGGUGAUGCCUGGACCCUGUCGGGGGAACUACACAAGAUGGCACUAUGAUCAGACAAUGGACAGAUGUUCUCAGUUUACUUUUGGAGGCUGCAAGGGCAAUGGCAACAACUACCUCACUGAAAAUGAAUGCAUGCAGCGGUGUAUAAGAGGGCAGUCCAAAGAUUUGUGCACGCUUCCAAAGGCUUCUGGUCUCUGUGAUGAGACCCUACCCCGUUGGUAUUAUGACUCGGCAGAGGAGCGAUGCAUGCCUUUCUAUUAUACUGGUUGUGAUGGUAAUACUAACAGAUUUAUCUCGCGAGGAGAGUGUGAAGCGACGUGUCCAGGGGAGGAAAGAGAGAGGGAUGAUGAUGUUUGCCUCCUACCAAGUGAUGCAGGUGACUGCACAGACCAUGAGGAGCGAUGGUUCUUCGACAUCACGACCAAUGAAUGCAAGUCAUUUGUCUAUGGUGGAUGCGGGGGUAACGGCAACAACUUUGCAACCCUUCGUGAAUGCCGGAACUUCUGCUGGAGUCGAAGAGGAAUUGUGACAGAUGUAGAAGAGUUCAACACAGAACACUGCUUCCUUGAGACCAAUCAGGGAACUUGCUCCAACUUCCAAGCUUACUGGCAUUAUGAUCGCAGUACAGGAGUUUGCAAACAGUUCUUGUACGGUGGCUGUGAUGGCAAUGAAAACAGAUUCUUGACCCGCCAAGAAUGUGAAAAUAAAUGUGGUGAUGCUAUUGAUGUGUGUCAACUGCCCAGGGUGGUUGGACCGUGCAGUGGAAGCUUCCGUCAAUAUUUUUAUGACAGUUCUGCAGAUGAAUGUUUUGAGUUUGAUUACGGAGGCUGCCAAGGCAACAAAAACAGGUUUGAUGCUCUCCACCUGUGCCAGCAGAGAUGUAAACAGAAGCAGCAUGUGACUACAAGCACAACAUCAGCUUAUACUCCACCCUACAAAACCAUUCCUGAAGAACCAGAUCAAGGACUUUUAGAAAUAUGUAAAUUACCAGUAGAAACAGGAAAUUGCCGUGCUUCUAUUCCAAACUGGUACUAUGAUGAAGAAAAACAGAGAUGUAUUGGAUUCUCUUACGGAGGUUGUGGAGGAAAUGCUAAUCGAUUCCAGUCUGUGGAACUAUGUGAACGCCAGUGUGGUAGAUACCGGGACCAAGACAUCUGCAAACUUCCAAAGAGUCCCGGUCCAUGUAGCGAAUCAUACCGCAAAUGGUAUCACGACCCUUAUGAGCGAAGAUGCAAAUCAUUCCUUUACAGUGGUUGUGAAGGUAAUGGAAACAGAUUUUCCACAGAACAGGAAUGCGAAACAGAAUGUAUCUACCACGAUAUCAUUCUUCCAGAGGGCAAUGACACUGCUGUAGCUAAAACCAUGAUAUGUGAAUUGGAUGCUGACCCUGGGCCUUGUUUAGAUGGCUUCAAGCGUUGGCAUUUCAGCAAAGAGCAUGGCUCAUGUGUAGCUUUUCUGUAUGGAGGAUGUAGUGGCAACCAAAACCGCUUUAAAAACUUUAAUACUUGCACCCAAUUCUGUUCUUCUGCCAUCGAAAAGUAUCGUAGAUCUACAACAACUGAGUCUGGUCUAGAUGUAACUUCCCCGUCAAGCUUUACACAGCCAGACAGUCAUUGCCAGGAAGCAGCAAUUACAUGUCAACUUUUGCAGUGCCCAUAUGGUAUCCAGAAGAGAGUGGACUACGACGGAUGUGAACAGUGCUCAUGCUAUGACCCAUGUGAAGAAAUGCGUUGUGCUAAUGGCACUGAGUGUGCAGUAGAUUUGCAUCCUGUUAGCCAAAACUCAGUUGAAACUCGCGUUCAGGCAGUAUGCAGAAAAGUAAAUAAGGAAGGUGACUGUCCACCUGUUAGUGGAAGAACCAGCCAAUGUGAGAAUGAAUGUGAAAAUGAUUCUGGAUGUUCAGGAGAUCUGAAAUGUUGCUACAAUGGGUGUGGAACCUCCUGUCUUGCACCUGUGGAAGAUGAGCCUGCUUACACUAGGCCACCAUUCCAAACCACUACAUUACAAGUGACAGGGACGCCACCCAGAAUUACCAGGAUUGACCCUCAAGUUGCUGCAGAAGAAAAUUAUGUAGUCAGUCUGCGAUGUGAGACCAUAGGUGUUCCCAAACCUAAGAUCACUUGGUACAGAGGAAAUUAUGAGGUUGACACUGAGGGAGGAUCCAGCAGGUUCCAAGUAUUACCUAAUGGAUCCUUGAAAAUAGUUAAUAUUGAGAGAAGUGAUGCUGGUGAAUAUCGCUGCAAAGCCACAAAUAUUCUUGGUACAGCUGAGAAAACAACAUCAUUCACUGUUGACGAUCCCAAGGAACGCCCACCGGAAGUGGUGCCAUGGAAUCCUGUAAAACCUGUGGUUUCACUUGGCAGCCCUACAGUUCUGUACUGUCGGUCUGUUGGGUGGCCCCGGCCAUCCAUUCACUGGUGGCGAGGAGACGCAAUGGUACCACUGUCCUCAGAACAGUUUGAAGUAUACCGGGAUGGUUCUCUUGGAAUCCGUGUUGUUACUCUGAGAACCCUUGGACCCUAUACUUGCCAGGCUUAUAAUGGUCGUGGUCGGGCAGUAUCCCAGACGCUUGUCCUACGUGCCCUUGGCCCAGUUUAUAACACACCUAACAUAGACCGCAGCUUUUUAGAAUACAUUGUAGAUCCCCCCAAAGCACCUCCUACCACACGUCCACCUCCCCCUACAACCCCUUCCACACCAUUCCCUGCAUUGCUUCCUGGCCAGCGUCCUUACUGGCCAGAAUUCCAUCCACCUCCAUCCAAAGGUCCUUCCAUCAUAUUGCAACCAGCAACACGACCUUAUAUAGUCCCUCUUCGUGCAAUUAUUAGGAUGAACACUACCCAGUUUACCCCGCAAUCAACAAUAAGAAUACCAUGUGAUGUCAGGGGCUAUCCAACACCUGUAAUAACAUGGUACAAAGGAGAUACACUAAUUGAUUCAUCAGAAAAGUAUAUAAUAGAAGAAGAUGCAACGCUGGUCAUUAAUGAAGCAGAGACUGAUGACUCUGGUAGCUACAAAUGUCAGGUUCAAAAUGAAUUUGGCAUUGCAGACAGCACUACAUCCAUUACUGUUAAAGGCGUAUAUGUUCAUCCAGCUUGCACUGACAACCCAUUCUUUGCUAACUGCAAGCUGAUUGUCCGUGCACAAUAUUGUACCAAUAGAUAUUAUGCAAGAUUUUGUUGUCGUUCCUGUACAUUGGCGGGACAGUUACCUUCACAUGGACCACAUCUAGAUCAUUUACAUAGCAAUAAGAAGAAGAAAUAAGUACUUCAAAAGAUUGAUGAAAGAGGGAGGUAGAGUUGGAAUUUCUAGAAAUGCAAUUUAACUAUAAUCCAAUUUUCACAGAUGAAACUGUCUAUAUUUUUCCAAAGACAGCAAACUGCUUUUUCUGAUGUUUUUACAAAUUUUUAUUCAUAAAGUUAAAAGGCUUUUAUUCAGAAAGUGGUGGUGUUUCUUUGAGAAACAUUGUAUGUUAUGAGGCAUAGAAUGCAAAACUGGAAGUUACUUUCGUGGGAACCAGAAAGAUUUAAUGCCAAUUAAAUGUAAACCAUUAUGUUCUAAAUGGUAGAAACUCAAUAUUUAUAAUGUUCAAACAUCAUUUAAGGAAUACGUACUGCCUUGCUGGUAAGGUAAAGAAUAAUAUAUUGAUUUGAAGAGACCUUGCAUAUCAUGUAACAUAUCAUUACUAACUUCAUUCGUGCAUUUGAGAUUUUCUUAUUGUUUCCUGUAAGAUCCAGUAACACUAGAAUUAAGAAUUUCUUAUUUAAUUUUGACAUGUAUGAAUAUCUAUUUUAGUCUGUCUACAUAAAUGGAUAAAUUGACGGUUCGUACAUUAAUAGAACAGUUAAAUGGUGAUAUAGUUUUUUUUUUAUUUGUACAUAGGUGCACAGACUUAGAUUUUAAAGCAUUUUUGGUUGAGACAUGCAUGUAUGUGUAAGUAAUUCAUAUUCACAUGUAAUUCUCCACUUCCUACAUUAAGGUUGUAAUAAUAUUCCUAUCAAACCAAGUCGAUCUUAUGACAACUCGUGUACUGUAUUUUUCUUAUUUGAUUGUGUUGACAGUAGUAAAUUAUUUUUCGUUGUUUAAGUGCUGUUGUUUAGUUUAAGAUACAAGCCAUAAUUUAUGUAUGUUAAGACUUAAUACUUCUCUAUUUGUGUUGAAGUACAAUCUCAUUUCACUAAAUUUUAUCUUGAAGAAAUUUCAUUCACUAAAAUUAAAAUCCUGCUGCCAAAAUUAGGUAUCCUUAUUGAUUAUUUUGUAUUAUAUAUACAUAUACAUAUACAUUAUAUAUAUAUAUAUAUAUAUAUAUAUAUAUAUAUAAUAUAUAUAUAUAUAUGAUGUAUAAACAUGUAAAAUGCACUGAAAGAAUAUUUACCUCUUCACAAUAAACCCUAAAGUAAUGUAUAUAUACAAAGAUGGUAUGGCAAGGUAACGAUGACUCUUGAGAGGAAAGAAAGAUUAUCUUCAUGACAUUACUGAUUUAGUAUGUGAUAGCUCUUGUUAACUGCAGCAAGUGCCAAAAUUACGAUAUUUCUGUGUAUGCAUGUACAUAUGCAUAUAUAAAUAAAUAUACUGAAUUAUAUGUGUGCUUAUAAAGUUCAUGUACAAGGAUAUAAUGAUGAACACAAGUUAAACUUUCGAAAAAAUCUUACUUUGUUUGCAUGUCAAGAAAAAUGGAACUGUGUUUCUCUUAUAUGCCAUUCACACACCCACCUUCAUUAGGCUCUGUCAGCAUUGUCAGUGAUUCUCAAACGUUUAUAGGCUAAAUGACAGAACAUUUGCAUCCACUGCCAUAGAAAGAUUACUGCUAAUCUGUAAAUGUACCAGAUCCAGGUUGUUUAAGGUGCUCAAUGUCAAUGCUUAUGAGAUUGUUACCAUAUUUCUCACACCAAACUUGGUGCCACAUUCUUGGUGCCAAACUAUGACGAUUAUUGCUCUAGAUCUUUAAAUUAAGUGUUCUUUGUAAAUAAACAUUAAAAGUA